AAAGUAAAAGUGUUUCGGUCACACUUCUUGUCCUCGGACGAUGGUGGUUUAGAUAUUGUUUUAUGAAGGGAUAGUUGUUUUUUAUGACUGUCAUACAUUGAUGCAGAUAUAAAUCAGCAUUUUUUUUUAUCAGCUACGGACUUUCCUGGGUAAAUAUAAAUACAAAUUAAAUUAAAAAUAAAUACAAAUCUGAAGUGGAAGACCAUUAAAGACGAAAUGGCAGAGUCCAGUGUUCAUAGUAAUCCAAGGAUGAGACAAUUCUUCACUGUUGUCAGUGGCAAUACCUUGGAUUCUCAUAAGGACUUUUUGAAACAACUCACCAUGCAACGAGACUUUACUGAAGUGAUGACACCAGAGAAGAGUGAUGUCAUCAUAACUUUCUGUCCUAUCGUCAGUCGUGCUGGGACUGAUAUUGAAGCAGCGCUGCAGGAGAUCCCAACUGGUAAACGUGUUGUUUUGGUGGCGAUGCAUCAUUCCUUCAACCCAGACUGCACAGUACCUGACUGUAGCAGACUGGUGACCAGAGGUGAUAUGCUAACAGUGGACUGUCUGUUCCAUGAGAACCAGGGACUACUGGACUGUCCUCGCAAUACAGAAGCAGUCCGUACGAUUUGGAGCCAUCUGAACAUACAGCCAAUGAAUAAGAACACCAGAAAAGGUUUGUUCAAAAACAAAAAGCCGAGUGAGCAGAAGAGUAAGAAGCAAGUGGAUGCACCGAAAAAAGAACUACAGGAAGAAAAAUGUCAGCAAUGUGUACACAAGGACAAACUACUGAAGCAAAUAGAUUACCUAAACAAAAUACUUGAUCAACAGGUACGUGAUCUGAAGAACGAGGUAGAGAGACUGAGAAGCCAGGUCUCAGCCCAGAUGACUGAUUCUGCGCCUCAACCUGAAGAAUCGGUUGUGACGGGAUGGAAUGCACAGGAUAACGAGCAGCAGUCGGCCCAUUGUUUGGGUUUUCAUCCCUGAUUAUUUGGAUGGGGGGGGGGGGGGGGGGGUUAACAAGUGACAUCAAUAAGGGAUCAUAGCUUUCACCUGUAUUCACCUGGUCAGUCUAUUAAUGUUUAGUACACUGACCAUUUUAUUCCAAAACAGUCACAUCGUUGUGAUGUGAAACUUCAGACACUUUUUGCUGAUCAAAAUAAUGUUUUAGUUUGAAAGUGCUAACAUAAGCGCUUCUUGGUAGUGACUUUUCUACCAAAACCAAAGUGUGGAUUGUAGUCACUCCUUAGAGCAGUCUGAUGUCAGUUAACCCAGAACCUAAAUAUUUCUAAUUUGGUGAGCUGUGUGAUUAAGGUCUGGGUCCUGUUAGAAAUUGGGAGUUUCGGUUUGCGAAGUCUCCACCCUCGCAAAAGGAAACUCUCAGCCCCCCCCCAAAAAAUGAUCUGUAUAAUUAAUACACCCCUGGGCUCCAUAUCCAGCUCUCUGAAAGCCUCUUGCUUGGUGUCACACAUUUUGUGGUGCAUGUUUGUCUCUUAAGUAUGAAAAAUUCAGUAGGCCUAUACUCUACAACAAAACAAUUGCACUGAUAUACAAUAUCAAAUCGAACUUUAUUUGUCACGUGCCGAAUACAAGGUUAGACCUUACUGUGGAAUGCUAACUUACAAGCCUUAACCAACAGCGCAGUUCAAUAAGUGUUAAGAAAAUAUUUACCAAAUAAACUAAAGUAACACAAUAAAAUAACAAUAACGAGGCAUGGACUCACAAGUUGUCGAUAGCGGUCUACAGGAAUGCUGGCCCAUGUUGACUCCAAUGCUUCCCACGGUUGUGUCAAGUUGGCUAGAUGUCCUUUGGGUGGUGGACCAUUCUUGAUACUAUCACGGGAAACUGUUGAGCAUGAAAAACCCAGCAACAUUGCAGUUCUUGACACACUCAAACCGGCGUUCCUGACACCUACUACCAUACCCCGUUCAAAGGCACUUAAAUAUUUUGUCUUGCCCAUUCACCCUCUGAAUGGCACACAUACACAAUCCAUGUCUCAAUUGUCUCAAGGCUUAAAAAUCCUUCUUUAACCUGUCUCCUCCCCUUCAUCAACACUGAUUGAAGUGGAUUUAUCAAGUGACAUCAAUAAGGGAUCAUAGCUUUCACCUGGUCAGUCUAUGUCAUGGAAAGAGCAGGUGUUCCUAAUGUUUUGUACACUCAGUGUAUAUCAAUCAGUAUUUUGGUGAAUGGUCUGUAUAGUCAUCAUUUCUUUAUAACUUUUACCGAAACAUAUCAUUAGCCUAAGACUAACACGAGAUAAUCAGCAAAAAGUUAGGAGAAGAAUCCUGAGUGCAGGUAUAAAUUCAACACAGCGUUGGGCCAGUAACUGAAAGGUUGCUAGAUCGAAUCCCCGAGAUGACAAGGUACAAAUCUGUCGUUCUGCCCCUGAACAAAUGCAGUUCCUAGGCCGUCAUUGUAAUUAAGCGUUUGUUCUUAACUGACUUGCCUAGUAAAUAAAGGUUAAAUAAUGUCAUACAUGUAUACCCAUUAAUCAUGUGUUACCCAUAAAGAAUAUAUUCUACAGGUACAUAUAUCACAUUGUGAAUAUGGUCAUGGCCUUGUACCAUUUUAAGAAGUAAAAAAUAUUCUGUACAUUUUGUUUUGAUAAGAGUUUUGAUCAGAGUUGCACUAAUGUGUCAUACUCUCUUGAUGUCUAUGAGGAACGAACUUAAAUCUCAAAAAGGAUGUUAUCACGUGAGCCUACUCAGCCUUGUCUUUGGAUAAUAAAAUAUAUUAUGAAAUUAAA